AUGCAAAAUUCCGGGACAAUCCCAGAUUUCCCGGCCAUCAAGCAAUCCUACCCCGCUCGCACGAGCUGUCGCUGUGUACGCGCCCGCUGUCUCAGCCCGGUGAGUGAGCACGUCACACUGAAGCCCGUUACUUUUGUCACAAAACUGAGCAACAACAACACGCCGUCCCGCCCGCGCUCCUCGCGCUCCGCCUCCCCCCGCUCGCACGAGCUGUCGCUGUGUGCGCGCCCGCUGUCGCUGCCCGUUAGUUUUGUCAUAAAACUGAGCAACAACAACACGCCGUCCCGCCCGCGCUCCUCGCGCUCCGCCUCCCCCCGCUCGCACGAGCUGUCGCUGUGCACGCGCCCGCUGUCGCUGCCCGUUAGUUUUGUCACAAAACUGAGCAACAACAACACGCCGUCCCGCCCGCGCUCCUCGCGCUCCGCCUCCCCCCGCUCGCACGAGCUGUCGCUGUGCACGCGCCCGCUGUCGCUGCCCGUUAGUUUUGUCAUAAAACUGAGCAACAACAACACGCCGUCCCGCCCGCGCUCCUCGCGCUCCGCCUCCCCCCGCUCGCACGAGCUGUCGCUGUGCACGCGCCCGCUGUCGCUGCCCGUUAGUUUUGUCAUAAAACUGAGCAACAACAACACGCCGUCCCGCCCGCGCUCCUCGCGCUCCGCCUCCCCCCGCUCGCACGAGCUGUCGCUGUGCACGCGCCCGCUGUCGCUGCCCGUUAGUUUUGUCAUAAAACUGCGCAACAACAACACGCCGUCCCGCCCGCGCUCCUCGCGCUCCGCCUCCCCCCGCUCGCACGAGCUGUCGCUGUGCGCGCGCCCGCUGUCGCUGCCCGUUAGUUUUGUCAUAAAACUGAGCAACAACAACACGCCGUCCCGCCCGCGCUCCUCGCGCUCCGCCUCCCCCCGCUCGCACGAGCUGUCGCUGUGCACGCGCCCGCUGUCGCUGCCCGUUAGUUUUGUCAUAAAACUGAGCAACAACAACACGCCGUCCCGCCCGCGCUCCUCGCGCUCCGCCUCCCCCCGCUCGGACGAGCUGUCGCUGUGCACGCGCCCGCUGUCGCUGCCCGGUGAGUGA